AUGGAAACUCAAUAUCACCACUUUGGAGACUCUGACAGCAGCCCCGUUCAUGGAGAGCGGAGCAUCCCCACACAGACCGGAUUAAAAAGAGUAGUGGUUUACAUCCUGUACAGCAUCCUGGUGUUGCUGAUGUUGAUUCUGCUGCUGGUAACAGGAAUAAAAUUCUCUCAAAUGAACAAGGAAAUAAAUGAUGUCAAGCUACACCUUAAGAGUAUGGACAAUGAAGGGUCAACUUCUAACUCAGCUUCCAAAGCAGAAGGUUUGACGACAAUAAAAGAUGUCUUUCUGGAGGGACUUGUUCCAGUUAGAGGAACCUGCAGAGACGGAUGGGUGAGUUUUCAGAGGAGCUGCUACCUGUUCUCCACCACGGCUGCUACGUGGAACAAGGCAGAGGAGCUGUGCCGGUCCCACAGCGGACACAUGCUGGUUCUCAAUGACGUGGAGGAACUGGAUUACAUAUCAAGAUUAGUGGAAAUCAGACAUAAUUACUGGAUUGGACUUGUGGAGCGACAGCAUGAGGGACACUGGAGCUGGGUGGAUGGAACUGACUUUAAUUCAACUCCAAAAUUCUGGGAUAAAGGCCAACCCGACGACUGGGACAUGAGAGAGAACGGAGAGGACUGUGGGCAGCUUCAUGGAUCUGUGAGGCGCAAGCGCAAGCUGUGGAACGAUGCAGACUGUAGCCUGGAGUACAGGUACAUCUGUGAAACCAAGGCCUGA